AUAAACUUUAAUAAGGUAGCAGGAAUGACUACAGAAAAAACUAAGUGGAAGGAGAUUUUAGAGGUGUUGAGUGUUCUGCAAUGGGUACUGACCUUUCUCCUUUUAGGGGUGUCUUGUAUCAUCUUGAUGGUGUAUCUCAUGUUUACCUCACUGUGGUCGCUCCCCACUCUAUACUUCAUAUGGCUAAUGAAGGACUGGCAAACCCCUGAAAAAGGAGGCAGGAGAACACUAUUUUUAAGGAAGUGGAAGGUAUGGGAACACUUGAGAGACUAUUUUCCAAUCAAGUUGGUGAAGACGGCCGAGCUGAAUCCAAACAAAAACUACAUCUUAGGCUGUCACCCGCACGGUAUCAUGUGUGCUGGAGGCUUUGCCUGCUUCUCCACAGAGAGCUGUGGCUUUGCGGAGGCAUUUCCUGGGAUGCGUUCCUGCCUGGCGGUAUUGGCAGGACUCUUCAAGAUACCACUCUUCAGGGACUACAUAAUGGCUGCAGGUCUUUAUCCAGUCAGCAAACCAAGCCUCACCCACCUCCUUUCAAAAAGUGGUAAAGGAAAUGCAGUGGUGAUUGUGAUUGGGGGCGCUGCAGAGUCUCUGGCAUCCUCUCCUGGAGUCAACACAGUGGUCAUGAAGCAAAGAAAGGGAUUUGUCCGGAUGGCUCUUGAGUUUGGGGCUGACCUGGUGCCUGUUUACUUAUUUGGGGAGAAUGAACUCUUUCGGCAGGUCGUUUUCUCAGAUGGCAGCCUAGGUCGGAGAUUACAGGACCUGUUCAAAAAGAUAAUGGGUUUCGCCCCAUGUCUAUUUGUUGGUGAGCGCUUCGGAUGGCUGCCCUACAGGUUUCCAGUCACCACUGUUGUGGGAAGUCCCAUCUCGGUGCCAAAACGUGUCACACCAACUGAGGAGGAGGUCGACCACUAUCAUAAACUUUACAUGGAGGGCCUGUCCAAAUUAUUCCAUGAACACAAGGUCAGCUGUGGACUUUCAGAAACUCACAAGCUUCAGAUCAUUUAGACGUUUCACUUAGCUUGAACUCCACCGCUGUAUUUUUAUAUGCUGCGCUUAAUGACACUCGCCUUCAACAGUACUCCAUCAAUAAGAGUUUACAGUGUGCAUCUGAUGAAGUAAUGAACUUGAUCUUCAGAGUUCAUAUUGUAAGUGUUGACUGUAUGUGAAAGUAUUUAACAUAAAUAUGUGCCUCAUAAUUAUUGAAAUGUGAAGGCCAUGAUUUGGGAAAACCACAUUCCCAAAGCACUGAGAAUAUUGAUGUAUUAUUAUGCUUUUGACAUUAUGUUUACAUCACACUUAAAUAUGUCUUUUCUAAUAUGUUUACACAAAUCUGGUUAUGGUAUGGUGAAUUACUGGUAAUAAAUGAUUGCUUAU